UUUUGCGGUUCCGGCUGUAGUUGGCGCGAACGUGCACGGCAGCGCGAGACAAAGAGCAUCUUGCAGUCGUCAGUGUGGAUGCUUGGUUUGUGUUGGUCGGUUAUCGGGCUGUAGCAGUGUAAUUACAACUGACUGAGUCAGCAUGGCUGAUAAAGAAGCUGCUUUUGAUGAUGCCGUGGAGGAGAGGGUGAUCAAUGAAGAGUACAAGAUCUGGAAGAAAAACACGCCGUUCCUUUACGACCUGGUGAUGACCCAUGCACUCGAGUGGCCAAGUCUGACCGCACAGUGGCUGCCUGAUGUCACCAGGCCUGAGGGGAAAGACUACAGCGUCCACCGGCUGGUUCUCGGUACCCACACCUCUGACGAGCAAAACCACCUGGUUAUUGCCAGCGUUCAGCUGCCGAAUGAUGAUGCUCAGUUUGAUGCCUCACAUUAUGACAGUGAGAAAGGCGAGUUUGGUGGCUUUGGCUCAGUGAGUGGCAAGAUUGAGAUUGAGAUUAAGAUUAACCAUGAAGGAGAAGUGAACCGGGCCCGCUACAUGCCUCAGAACCCUUGCAUUAUUGCUACCAAGACUCCAACCAGUGAUGUGCUAGUUUUUGAUUACACCAAACACCCAUCCAAACCAGACCCCUCUGGAGAAUGCACCCCUGACCUGCGAUUGAGAGGACAUCAGAAAGAGGGCUAUGGUCUUUCUUGGAACCCUAACCUAAGUGGCUGCCUACUCAGUGCCUCUGAUGAUCAUACGAUCUGUCUGUGGGACAUCAGCACAGUACCCAAGGAAGGAAAGAUUGUUGAUGCUAAGACCAUAUUUACCGGUCACACUGCUGUGGUAGAGGAUGUGUCCUGGCAUCUUCUGCAUGAAUCACUCUUUGGAUCAGUAGCAGAUGAUCAGAAGCUGAUGAUCUGGGAUACUCGCUCUAACAACACAUCUAAGCCCAGUCAUGCAGUGGAUGCACACACUGCAGAGGUCAAUUGCCUUUCGUUCAAUCCUUACAGUGAGUUCAUCCUGGCUACUGGAUCUGCUGACAAGACCGUUGCCUUGUGGGAUCUCAGGAACCUUAAGCUGAAGCUGCAUUCCUUUGAGUCGCACAAAGACGAAAUAUUUCAGGUUCAGUGGUCACCUCACAAUGAGACCAUUCUGGCAUCGAGUGGAACAGACAGACGUCUCAAUGUCUGGGAUCUCAGCAAAAUUGGUGAGGAGCAGUCACCAGAAGAUGCAGAGGAUGGGCCUCCUGAAUUACUGUUCAUCCAUGGUGGGCACACAGCGAAGAUCUCCGACUUCUCCUGGAACCCCAAUGAGCCAUGGGUGAUCUGCUCUGUGUCCGAGGACAACAUCAUGCAAGUCUGGCAGAUGGCUGAGAACAUCUACAAUGACGAGGACCCUGAAGGAGCAGCAGACACAGAGGUCCAAGGAUGAAGAACGAUGUAGAACUUUUCUCUCCACCACACCUCAGUUGUCUCACAUGACCAUGCUCUUUCCUGGUGAACUGCAUCCGUCGCAUCUUCAGCCACUCUUAUAUGCUCAAAAUGAAGUUUUCUUGAGUGAAAGAAAAAAAAAAGACUCAAAGUGUUUCUCUUUAAUAUGAAAAGUGUAUUUUUCUAAGAGAAAUUGGUUGCUCUUAAUUUUCAAAAUGGCGCAUCAAGCCCCCAUCCAUUUUUUUUUUUAAAAACAUUGUUUCCAUGACCUUCAUAUUCUUAAGGGUUGUCUUGGGUAAAAGGAUGUAAAAUAAAAUCGAAGAUGCUUAGGUCCACGUAUUUAAUUAUCCUGGUCAAAUUGUGGUGGAUGUCAGUAGGUGACUUUAGAUUUAUUUUUACACGGCUGAAAAUUUGGUCAAACAAAUGUUAUCAAGGGUUCGCAGGAUGACUUGUGUGCUCUUAAUUUUUGUACUUUUCCUCAACAAUGGUCUAAUGUCAUGUCAAUGUCUUUAAUAUUCUAAAAAUACUUUUGUGUCUUUCUUUAUGUCCACACUGUUGUACAGAACAUUGAGAAUAAACUGUUUUUCAUCUAA